UCGAUUGAUAAGAACCACACAUCAAAACGUAUUAUAUAAAGAUCAUAUGUUUUUUUCUGAUUAGUGAUUGAAAAUUUUUUUCUGAAACAAUAAUUAAAUUUCUAUUUUUUAAUUGAGACUAAUUUUUAGCAUUAUUAUAAAAUACAAGUAAAAUUUAUACAUAUUAAUUAUAAUCGUAAAAUGUCAAAAAGAAAGGAAUCAUUAGUACUAUUAUUAAAUAUUGGAGUAACAAAUCCAAAUAUAGAAAAUAAUUCUUCAUUAUUUGAAAAAGCAAAGUAUAUUGCACAAAGAAAAAUUGAAAAAAUGAUUUUUUUAAAACCUAAAGAUGAAAUUGCAAUAAUGUUGAUGGGUUCCUCAAUUACAAAAAAUAAUCUUAACUCAAAAUAUAUAGAAGAAUUCACAGAUUUUCAGGUUCCAAAUUGGGAUUUUGUAAGAAAAUGCAUGAAUUUAAAAAGUACAAAAUAUUGUUAUAAUUGGGUUGAAGCACUCUAUGCGGCAGUAGAAUUUAUAAAACAAAAUGUUAUUGAUAAUUCUAUAAGGAAAAUAAUUUUGAUGUCUGAUUUUAAUGAAGAAACAAAUAUUAUUUCAAAAUUUGAAGCAAAAUUAAUUGCAAAUAAACUUUUUGAAGAAAAAAUUGAAUUAAUCACCAUAGCAGAAAAUCUACUGCAUGAUAAACCUUUGACUUCUCUUAAUAGUAGCAAAAAACUUUUGAAGGAUGUUCAUGAUCAGAUUAAUGGUCAACAUAUAAUAUUUGAUGAUGCUAUAUCAUGUUUGAAAUUUUAUGAACAAACAUCAGUAAAACCACUUCCAUCUUAUUAUGACUUACAAUUAUUUGAUAAAAAAAUACCAGUUGUCAGUUAUGUUAAAAUAGAUAUAGAAAAAUUUCCAACAUGGAAAAAGGCAAAAGGUAAUCAAAAACUUCAAUCAAAAAUUGAAUAUUUGGAUGGACAAAGAAAUUCUUAUGCAAAGGAUGAAAUUAUAAAAGGAUAUAAAUAUGGAGGAACUUUUAUUCCAGUUGAAAAGGAACUAGAAGAUAAGUUGAGUUAUAAAAGUGAGAUGAAAAGCUAUAAAAUUUACGGUUUUACAGAUAAAAAUAAUAUUGAUUUGGAACAUUUUUAUAAAAGUGCAACACAUGUUAUUUUACCUUCAAGUGAAGAAAGUAAUGUAACAAAACCAUUUUAUAGUUUGGUACAAGCAAUGCAUGAAACAAACUCAGUUGCUAUUGUGAGAAAAGUUUUCAGAAAUAAUAGCACUCCUAGAAUGGUUGCAUUGUUUCCAUGUAUUGAUAUUCCUAAUGAACCAUGGUGCUUAGUAGAAAUAGAAUUAGCAUUCGCAGAAGAUCAAAGAUUAAUGGAAUCAAGACCUAUGAAAUCUAUAAUUAAACAAUUAUCGAAUGAACAAAAUAAAGCUGUAGAUAAUCUAAUAAAUUCUCUAAUGUUAAAUGAUAUACAGGAUAGUUGUGAAAUAGAUGGAAAUCAAUAUUUUCUACCUGGAUGUGUUCCAAAUCCCGCUAUACAGCAUAGAUGGCAUAUAUUAUCAUAUCGUGCUAUUAAUCCGGAUAAACCAUUACCAGCUAUGGAGAAUUAUUUGAAAAAAAUUUUGGAAGCUCCAUUAAUAAAAGAAAGAAGUAAAUCUCAUGUGCAGAAUAUUGCACAGCUAUUUCGAUUAGAAAAUAUAGAUUUAAAAGCUAAAGAAAAAAAUGAUAUAAACGAAGAUAACAUGCAGAUCGAUAAUUCUGAUUCUACUAAAGAUUGUAAUAAAAUAGAAGAUAAAACUGAUAUUGAAAAUAAUUCUUAUAAAGAAGAUUCAAUUUUGUCUUUGGAUACUUCAGAUGUUGAUCUUGAUGAACUGGCUGCUAAUAUAUAGUUUUUCUAAUAUAUUUUGAGUUUUUAAGUUCAGUAUUUUAAGUUCUUCUUCCAAAGAAAUUUCACAAGAUUUUUUAAACAUUAAUCAUAUUUACUUUCAUAUCUUGUAUUUUUUGCAAAUUAAAUAUAAAAGAGAAAUGUAUAUUUUAUGUAAAGAAUAAAUAUUAUGUAAAAAUAAAGAAAUAAAAUAUGCAAUAAGAAAUAAAA